AUGUCCAGCACGCAGACCAUUACCGCUGAAAAUGUCACAACUCUUUUCCCAGAGGUUCACACUCGUCUGAUCGGCGCCGACCUUCCUCCUAACACAACCAACAGCACUACCAUCGAUGCACAGGAUGCCGACCUCUCGGGCUAUGAUACAGAACAAAUCAGGCUCAUGGACGAGGUCUGUAUAGUGCUAGACUACAACGACAACGCCAUCGGCACAGCCUCGAAGAAAGACUGCCAUCUUAUGACCAACAUCAACAAGGGUCUCCUACACCGAGCCUUUAGCACCUUCCUCUUCCACCCAGAAAGCAAGAAGCUACUUUUGCAGCAACGCGCCACUGAGAAAAUCACAUUCCCGGAUAUGUGGACGAACACAUGCUGUUCACAUCCUCUAGCACACCCUAGCGAGACUGGCCUGGGAGACCUGAUCAGCAAUGUCGAAGGUGCCAAAAGAGCCGCGAUAAGGAAACUCGACCAUGAACUUGGUAUACCGCCCAAAUACGUUCCGAUCGAAGGCUUCGAGUAUCUAACCAGAAUACACUAUCUGGCACCUUCGGACGGAAAGUGGGGUGAGCACGAGAUUGACUACAUUCUGUUUGUGGAGGCAGACCCGGAGCUAAAUGUCAAUAAGAACGAGGUCAAGGAUGUGAGGUGGGUCAGCAGAGAUGAGUUGAAGCAGAUGUUCAAGGAUGCUGAGACAGGAACUGGAAAGGACAAGAACUUGAAGUAUACUCCUUGGUUCAAGCUGAUAUGCGAGAGCAUGCUGUAUCAGUGGUGGGAGUCUUUAGAAAAAGGUGAAUUGUCGAAGAUUACUGCCGAGGAGACGAUUAGGCGCAUGUGA